AUGUCUUCAGGAAUUCUUGAAGCAACAAUUAUUGAUAAGACUGUUCUUAUUACAUGUUUUUAUUAUUUCUGUAUUGUUUCAUUUAAACUAUGCAAGAAUAAACUUGAUUCUUCCCUUUCUUUGUUUUUCUCUUUCUUUCUUUGUUCUUCUCUUUCUUUCUUUGUUUUUCUCUUUCUUCUUUUUUCUCUUUCUUUCUUUGUUUUUCUCUUUCUUUCUUUGUUCUUCUCUUUCUUCUUUGUUGUUGUUCUUCUCUCUCUUCUUUGUUGUUGUUCUUCUCUCUCUUCUUUGUUGUUGUUCUUCUCUCUCUUCUUUGUUCUUUUGUUUGUUCUUUUUUUUGUUGUUGUUUUCUUCUUUUUGUUGUUGUUCUUUUCUCUCUUCCUUUGUUGUUUUUUCUUUCUUCUUUUUGUUGUUCUUCUCUUCUUCUUUGUUGUUCUUUUCUCUCUUCUUUGUUGUUGUUCUUUUUCUCUUUGUUCUUUUCUUCUUCCUCUCUCUCUUUUUUUGUUCUUUUCUUCUCUUUCUUCUUUUGUUUGUUCUUUUCUCUCUCUCUCUUUUUUGUUGUUCUUUCUCUCUCUUCUUUGUUGUUGUUUUUCUUUCUUCUUUGUUGUUCUUUCUUCUCUCUCUUCUUUUUGUUUGUUCUUUUUUCUUUGUUGUUCUUCUCUCUCUUCUUUGUUGUUGUUCUUCUCUCUCUUCUUUGUUGUUGUUCUUCUCUUUGUUGUUGUUCUUCUCUUUGUUGUUGUUCUUCUCUUUGUUGUUGUUCUUCUCUUUGUUGUUGUUCUUCUCUUUGUUGUUGUUCUUCUUCUUUGUUCUUUCUUCUUCUUCUUUUCUUCCUUCUUCUUUUCUUCCUUUCUUCUUUUCUUCUUCUUCUUUUUUUCUUCUUUUCUUCUUUUUUCCUUUCUUCUUUUCUUCCUCUUCUUUUUCUUCUUCCUUUCUUUUUCUUCUUCCUUUCUUCUUUUUCUUCUUCCUUUCUUCUUUUUCUUCUUUUAG